AUGCAUGAAAUUAUCACCUUACAGCUAGGUCAGCGGAGCAACUACAUUGCAACCCAUUUCUGGAAUCUGCAGGAGUCAUAUUUCACCUAUGGAGAAAAUGAAGAACCCUUAGUAGACCAUGACGUACAUUUCCGACCUGGGCUGGGAGCAGACGGAACGGAGACCUUUACACCGCGGACAAUAAUCUACGAUCUAAAAGGAGGGUUUGGGACGCUUCGUAAAUACAACACGCUAUAUGAAGUAGAGGAUCCAUCAGGUCAUCCUCAAGGACAAUGGGAAGGUAACGAGGUGGUGCAGAAGCAACCCAGCAUCCCUCUAAAUGAGUACCAGAAGAGUUUGGAAGCUGGACUUCCGACUCUAUCCUUGACCUCUUCAUCAGUACGAUAUUGGUCCGACUUUAACCGGAUAUACUAUCACCCUCGGUCUAUAGUUCAACUCAAUGAGUAUGAGCUCAACUCCUCCUUGAUGCCUUUUGAAGACUGGGCAGUGGGGGAAGAUCUGUUCCGGGACUUAGAUAAGGAGCAUGACCUGCUGGAUCGAGAUGUCCGUCCAUUCGCAGAAGAAUGUGAUCAAAUACGCGCACUUCAAUUAUUCACAGGCUCCGAUGACGCUUGGGGAGGGUUUGCUUCUAAAUAUGUCGACGCUCUCCGAGAUGAAUAUGCCAAGACUGGUAUAUGGGUAUGGGGGGUGGAAGACGGAGCAAGGUUGCCAAGGCAUAAAAAGAUGUCAAAAAUGAUCAACACCGCCCGGACACUAAACUCCAUCGCACCAUUGGCAACAUUAUACUGCCCUAUUAUUGAUGCUCCCCAACAUCUUCCGAAAUACCUCAAUAUUGACCUGCAGUCGGAAUGGUAUAAAUCUGCACUAGUUGCUUCCGCCGUGGAAACCGUGACUCUUCCAGCUCGGCUUCGGACCUACCAAGAUUUCGAAACGUCAUUAAUGGGACACCGCGGAAGAUCACAGACGAUCUUCGAGUUACAAUCCUCGAUCAUUGGCCCAGAUGCUGGCGACAAUAGAACUCCUUGGGCGACUAAGAAAGGCACGACUCAAAAGCCAGACGACGAAGCGAAGUUAGACUUUGACAUCAACUUCACCAUCCCUCAGUCAAUGGCCGAUGACACGGCUAUUUUCACUCAGGUACAAGUCUUCCGCGGAGAAGAACAGCAAACACCUGAGAGUGAAUCGUCGAAAAUUGGCGACAUUGGCCUGAAGCGGAAGAUUCGUCUUUAUGCCUCCAAGCCCGCUGUUGAAAGGUUCUCUUCAAGGUUACGAUUCCCUCUUCCUGAUAGCUACCCGCGCAAUAUGUUCUCCAGUUCCGACGAACAGGUAGGAGUAGAGCUGGUGGCCGCUGUGUCUACCACAUCUAGGCUCGCCGACAAAUUGAAGGACCUGCAGGCCAUUGCGCAUAGAGGAGUAGCGGUGGAGGAACGAGAGAACUUAACGAAUGGUCUUGGGGAACUCGGGGAAUUGUAUGAAAAGGAUUGGAUUGGUGAGUCGGACUCGGGCGACGAUUGA